AUGAAUUCCAGCGGAAAAGUCAACAGACCGGAUUCGUAUCCCAAGGCCAAGACCCCUCUCAUCCCACCGCGGCGACCUCGGUUCCCAAAUAUUAAAGACCUGCAAGAUCAGGCUGCUGCGUUAAAUGUUACCGAUACUACACCGCUUGAUAUUCUCUUGCCAACGGCCGCCGAUGCAAUCGAAAAGGCCAGGAGCCUUGCAGAUGACGACUACAACGACAAAGCCUACGUCCAGUACCUUCGCGCCUCCGAAAUUACUAUCAAUCUGAUCCCCCAUCAUCCAGACUAUCGAACCGCCAGCCAACGCCCUGAUUGGUACAAGGAGUUCGCCGAUCUAUUGAAGGCGGUGCGGUCCAAACAAGGCACUAUGGAUGCGAUCAAGCGGGACAUCAUCGAGGAUAAUUUGGUCAGUGGCAUGCAGCCAACCGGUAUCUUUACAUCCAGAUCCCCAGAACAACCCCCGGCUACGCCACGGGGCCGUGAGAAUCGAGAGUCUGGGACAAACUUCGCUAGAAUGCCAAGUCCAACUCAGUAUCAAAGAAUGUCCGAGGCAGAGGCACAUUCGCAAAGAUUUUCCAGUCCUCCAGAUGACAUGCUUGCGCAACGUUUUGCCAAACUCAAGGCGUCUUCUUCUCCGCCUUCUAACCAGUAUGGGUUGGGAGCAAGUACUGCUGGGCCGGGAAGCCCGAUUGUAGGAUCUGCAGGGCAGACCCCACUUCAUCCGUCGACCGUACCCCUGGGGACCUACAGCUCCCCACCGCCAAGACGACCAUUGGGACCUCGCGGCAUGGCAUCUUCAUCUAACGUGCCGACCCUUCCACCGAAGCUUCCGCUUAACACGUCGUUACCACGUGCUCCGGACCCGGCUUAUAGCCCUGUCUUCACCGUGCCAUCAAAGCCCACAUCAAACCCACCUAGACGGUCAACCGAGAGCACACGCUCAGGCAAUCUAAGAUACUCACAAUUCAGCAACUCGCCACGUGUCAGUCCAACCCGGGGAGGCUUGGAUGACAAUCCGUAUAGAUCUCUCACGCCCAAUGGGUUGAAUUCGGCGCGAGAGACGCGAAGCAACUCACCCGAUUUGCCGUACAGCACAACCAUAACUGCACAGAGCCUCCUUGAAAAUCUGCGGAAAUUCAAUGUGUUGCUGAUCGAUGUUCGAACCCGAGACCAGUACGAUAACGGUCACGUAUAUGCCAAGUCUAUCAUUUGCAUAGAACCUGUGAUUCUGAAAGAGAAUGUGUCAGCGGAAGAACUAGAGGAGCGACUCGUUAUUUCACCGGAGCAUGAGCAGGCCUUAUUUGAGAAACGGAACGAAUACGACCUUGUGGUUUACUAUGACCAAAGCGCCGAUUCAGUCAGCUAUCUUGCUGGCUCGCCAGUGGGGACAUCAGCACCCCAUCUGCGGGCUCUUCAUGAUACACUUUACGAGUUCAAUGCAUACAAGCCGUUGAAGGCUGGGCGGCCUCCGGCUCUCCUGCUUGGUGGAUUGGAUGCCUGGAUCGAUCUUUUAGGGCAGCAAUCCCUUGCAACAUCCUCAACCGCUGCCGUCAUGAGUUCUCUGCAGGCCAGAAAGCCCGUGCUUAGACCUGGCCGGCCCCUCGGGAGAGUGCCCACCAUGGCUAGUGCGAAUUCAAGCCUUGAAAUUCGGAAGAGACGACUUCGCGAGUUCACCCCUUUGAAUUCGAAGGAAUUGUCCGAGUGGAUGGAGAAAUCUAAAGUCGAGGAGAUUGACCCGAGCACCUAUGCUGAGGAAGAUGCGCUGACGGAAGAACCUGAGGAGACGGGACCAGAACCUCCAAGUCCAUUUGUUCAGACAUAUGAGGCUUUCUUGCGUCGUUUCCCUGAACCGCACGAUGUUCCACAGUCCAUGACACAGGUGGAUUCCCGUCCUCCCCUGCCGCAGCUCCGAAUUAUGCUGCACACAUGUCAGUGGCACCCUCUCGACCACCCCCCGCUGUGCCUCGACCCAGCUAUAGUGGCGUCUCCGAUGGACGGCAGAUCCAGCCUCAUUUGCAACGACAGAAUUCUGCAAAUCGGACAGCCUUAUAUGCCCCAAGCUCUCGCCUAG